AUGGCUCGCUCCGGACGUGUGGCAGUUCCAGUGCUGCUGUGCCUGGGCCUGGUGGCUUUCGUGUCUCAGAGCUCGGUCUUCGUCCCUGCGCCGCAGAGCAACAACCGCCUGCCGGCGGCAGCGGCCGUCGCCGCGCCUGCUCUGCUGGCUGGGGCCCCGGCAGCCUUUGCUGACGCCAUCGGCGACGCGGCUGCCAAGUUCAGCGACGCCACCUACCCCAUCGCGGAGAAGAUCAACUGGGGCAACACGCCGAUCAUCUCCAGCUACUUCGCCACGGAGUCUGCCAGGAACCCCAAGGCUGUGGCUCAGGCCGUUGACACUCCUCGAAUCGGGCCUGACUAUGGAUCCCAGCCUCAUCAAGGCAGCGGUGGCGGCCCACGACAAGGCCCUGAAGAGCGCGGCCAGCAACCCCAACCUGAUGACCUCGAAGGCCGACUUUGCGGCAGUCAACGAGGCCCUGGCGCGCAUGAUCGCAUCCGCCAACAAGGACAAGUUCUACAAGCUUUUGGACGCCUUCCCGGACAACAAGCAGCUGCAGAUGGACCUCUACAACCAGAACGACAAGGCCAAGGCGCAGGCAGCCUACCAGGCCUUCAAGGACCUCACCUCCGCGGUGAAGGCGGCCAGCACCAACGGCGCCAACGCGUUGAAGGUGGAGCCGGUGACCGGAGGCCCCAUCGGCGAUGCGGCGGCCAAGUUCAGCGAGGCCACCUACCCAUUGAUGUCGAAGAUCGACUGGGGCAACUCGCAGCAGAUUGCCAAGUACCUCUCUGA